GGUUUGGGCCGAAAAUAGGUCGACAUCGACAAUCACUAUUGGGCUUUCACAAACUGAGUAUAAACACCCAAGCCUCUCCGCGCUUGUGUUUCUUCUCAGUAGAGCUCAGCACCCAAACCCUAUCGGCGGCCGCGCAGCAUUUUCUCUCGCUUAAGAAGAAGAAGAAGAAGAUGAUGGAAUCAGCAGGCAGAACUGUGAAAGACGUCUCCCCACAUGAAUUCGUCAAGGCUUACGCUGCUCAUCUCAAGCGAUCCGGAAAGAUGGAGCUUCCACAUUGGACCGAUAUCGUAAAGACGGGCACUUUUAAGGAGCUUGCACCUUAUGAUAAUGAUUGGUACUAUAUUAGAGCUGCAUCAAUGGCAAGAAAAAUAUAUUUGAGGGGAGGUCUUGGUGUUGGUGCCUUCAGGAGGAUUUAUGGAGGGAGCAAGAGGAAUGGUAGUGCUCCACCACACUUCUGCAAGGCCAGUGGGGGUGUUGCUCGUCACAUUCUUCAGCAACUGCAAACAAUGAACAUCGUGGACUUCGAUAGUAAGGGUGGGAGAAAAAUCACGUCAAGUGGACAGCGUGAUCUCGAUCAAGUUGCUGGAAGGAUUGUGAUUGCCGCUUAAAUCAUAUUUUGGCUUCCUUUGGAUAAAUGUUAAACACUCUGUUUUUAUUUAAGUUUUGUAUGUCUCAAUUAUGUAGCUUUUAGAGCCAUUUGCUGGACUUGGUGUACCAGAUUUUGUGAUUUUAAUGGUGUUUCAUCUUAAAUUUCUA